AUAGUCCGAAAGAAAACAAAAAAAAUUAGAGGAAUUGGUGGAAAAAAUCAUUCUGUGCAUCAAAUAUCAACUGUUUGAUCGUAACUUUUAAACUAAAAUCUGAGUGAUAAGUGUUAAGAAGUGUUCAAAGUGAAUUUUGAUUUCUGUAGUUACAAUUAAGCAUUUAAAAAGAGUUUUUCUUAUAAAGCUUUCGUUUCCAUCAAUAAAAAGUGGUUUAAGUCGUAAUUUAAUUAACCUAAGACGAUUUUAGCAUACAUUUCUUUGUGAAUACCUCAAAAGUACACAUGUGAUUCUAAAAGCAUCAAUUUUCAUCCAUUUUAUCAUCUUAUUUCCGUUUGAAGCUUUAGCAGGAUUUGAUAAAGUUCUAACGAUGAAAAAUAAACUCUGAAAGACCCAAAACGAAAUAGAAGAAAAAUUGAAAAGUCAAAUAAACACAAAAAAUGCACCAACUAACUUACGCGUUAUCCUUAGUUAUCUUACUGGGGAUAAGCGAAUGCAUCUGUGAUGUUCUUGUUUACAGAGAUUCGACAAAUCAAAUCAUUGACGAGUUUCCAUCACUAGCCGCACGAUUCGGUCCAAGCUUGCCACCAAAUGGCAUGAGAGUGCUUGCUGUUGGUGGAAGUCCUCCUGACGGAUGCUCACCAAUGGAAGACGCUCCUAAAGCAAAUUUUUCCUUUCAUGGCUUCGAACCGAAAUUUGCUGCAAUUAUAAUUCGAGGCACUUGUUCCUUUGCUGAUAAAGUGCGACAUGCUCAAAAUGCAAGCUUCGAUGCUGUUAUCGUUUACAACAAGAAUUCAAAUGAUUUGGAAAUUAUGUCAGCGUCCGAUGAUUCUGAUAUUUUUAUUCCUUCAGUAUUUGUCGGUCGAACUGGUGGUGACAUUAUCCUCGAAGAAUAUUUAUAUAUAAAUGGAUUUGCUCUCGUUCUCAAUGAUGAUUUUCCCUUCAAUAUCAACACACAUCUUAUUAUACCAUUUUGUAUUGUCGUGGGACUUUGCUUUAUUAUCAUGUUUGGCUUCAUGAUAGCACGAUGUGUGAGAGAAAGAAGAAGAGUUUUGCGUUAUCGACUACCAACAAGUUCUUUAAAGAAACUUGAAUCAAGACGUUUCACGAAGAAUGAAAUUUACGAUACUUGUGCUAUAUGUUUGGAUGAUUAUGAAGAAGGUGAUAAAUUAAGAAUUCUUCCUUGUCGACAUGCUUAUCAUACGAAAUGCAUUGAUGUUUGGCUUACAAAGAAUCGUCGCGUCUGUCCAGUUUGUAAAAGAAAAGUUUACACGAUUGGCGAGAGGCGCAGAAAUCGAAGAAGACAUUCAGCUGAUUCAACAACUGAUUCGAUGUCUUCUCAUGACCCGGAUGACAGAACGCCUUUGAUUAACAAUCAAGGGAACAACAACGUUAAUCAUGGAACGUUCAAUGGUGAAAUUCAGGAAAAUGAUCAAUCUCGUGCUGAAGAAGGCAAUGUUGGCACAGCAACAAAUGCAGAAGCGGAAGAAGAUGAUGAGAUUCUUGAUGGAAAUCAACGUUCUGCUUUCCAAAGAUUUAACCCAUUUGAUCGCGUUCCAAAUUUACCUCCACAGUUAGUGGAUGAACUUGGUGCAAGUGUAAGAAUUGAAGAACCUGAAAGUCGCUGGGAGAAAUUCACGAGAUUCUUUAGUUUUAGACAACAACAUCCAUCAAAUGAUAACGACGAUCCUCCGCUUCUUGAUGCUUCAGCAGAUGAUGUUGACAUUAUCAUAGAACCAAACGAUAAUCUCAUCAUUAAUAGUAUGUCUGGAAAUAAUAUCCUUAAUUCCAACUUAAGUGGCUCGUUCCGUAAUGAAAGUAAUUUACCAAAUACUAAUGAUGAUGAUGAUGCUGAUGAUGAUGAUGAAAUAUUGGAUGGUCGUGAAAGAAGAAAAGUGCCAAGACGAAAUCGUCGUAAACAUCGUUCAGCACCGAAUAUCAUGACAACAGAUGAUCAACCAAGCACGAGCUAUGAUAUGCCACCAUCAUCCUCCAUCAAUUCAUCACCAAGUAAUCGAUUAGGUGUUGCCGCUAUUCCAAAUAUUCAAUUCGAUCCUUUUCGCUCGAAUCGGAGAAAUUAACAAUUUUAUUUAGAAUUUUACUUUUGAAUGUGAUUGAUGAUUAAAUUUUUCGAGUAAAGUAAAUAAUGAUGAUGAUGGUAAAUGAUUUAGUCGUCGGUGCAGCUUCUUCAAGUCGAUUUAAAACAUAUUUGUAUAAAUAAAAGUAAAUAGCCCCGAAGUGUUUGACAUUAAGGAAAAUAUUUCAUUUAUCAUGAUUAAAAAAAAAGAAACAAAGAAGCAACAAAAAACAUUUUAAAUUAAAAAUUGCUUCGUAUAAAACGCUACCUACAGAUAGCAAAAUUAAUUAAAUGUCAUCCGAUCCACAGUUGAAAUCACUUUAAGUUCUUCAACAUAGAACUGGAUAAAAAAUGAAUAAUUUAUUGUGAUUAGGGAAUGAAAAUAUCAAAAAGAGAAGAUUGAAAGUUUCUUUUAAAAGAUUUUUCUUCUGAUAUGUGCACAUAAUCAUGUUAUUAAUGAAAAAUAUUUUUUUGCAACAAAAUGAAAAGAGAAGAGAUUUUUUAUUAUUAUUAUUUUAACUUUGCCUUGAAGCUUCAUUUAUGUAAUUGAGAAGAACGUGUUUGAAGACAUUUUAAUUUCUUUAACAUCAAUAAAUAUUGAAAGUCUUAUGAAUCAUUGUUUGAAAUUCUUUAAAGAGACAAAAAUUAUUAUAAAAAUUGAUAAAUAGUUGGAAAAAGUUUAAAACUUUGAAAUAAAUUGGA